AUGGCGUCGGGAGGAGCUGAGGGCGCCCAGAGUGUCCCGUAUGAUGUCUCCGCUCUCUCUGAAGCUAAAAGACGUGAUUUAAACCACUUUAAGGCAUGUUCAAAGUUUUUUAAAACUUUCCAUGCUGUUCACAAAUUCAUGGGACUUGGUGAUGCCGGAAACUCAACCGGUGCUGUACGACGUCGACCUCAAAACCAACCUGAGAAUCCAGCUCCAAUUGAUCUGGCACCGCCAAACCUCCUCGUCUUUCGGCGCGAUAGGCCAACUGAUGGAUGGCUUCAAACGUUCCUAAACAUAUUGCUCAGUCCGUUUUAUUUUACGUACCAUGUGCUUGGCAGUAUCAUCAGUACAUUCAUGGUCACGGAUCCUUUGGGCGAUGUUCGUCACUUUAUUGACACCUUUAAGCAGACAUACGCUCCCGUCAGCGAAGAUUCAAUAUCCACUGAUACCAUCGAAAGAAACAACACUCCACCGUUCUUCGAGGGAACUUAUGCACAGGCACUUCAGGAGGCCAAAAGGAGUUUGCGAUUUUUGAUUGUUUAUUUGCACUGCAGUUCUCACGAGGAUACUGAAGAGUUUUGUAGACAAACCCUUCAGAAUCCAGUUACUCUCGCUUUUUUGAAUAAUACCGAACAAUCUAUCUUCUGGGCCUGUGAUAUCAAUUCCCCCGAGGGAUAUCGGACAUCACAAAUAUUCCGCGAGCACUCUUACCCCUUUGUUGGUGUAAUCGGACUUUCUAUUAAUCGGGGUAAGUUAAUUACCUUCCUACUGUUAUGCACUAUGGUCUUUGGUUCCAAAUUUCUAAGCGCAAACCCACCGAACAUCCGAAAACCGGAGAAGCCCUAA